ACUCCGUGCUAGGCUUCUCUCUGCGCCCUGGGAGUGUUUCCCAUUUAAACAAACACAGCUAGCGCGGAAGAUGGCGGAGCAUUUAGAAGUGGCUUAAAGGAAACUGUUGUGUUUGAAGUGGACACAUAUUAACCCCGUGGUGGCCUUUUGUUGAAGCUGUAGAUGCCCUCUGUGACUGGGUCUUUAAUCAGAGCUUCCACAUUGACGCUCAAAGGAUGUGAGGUGGAACGAAGUGGAUGUCAUCAUUCUCCACUGCUGCAAAGGUGCUGAUAUGUGUUGAAGAUGAGUGGACCAGGGGACAACUCUCAGGAGUCAUUGGGCUACGACCGGAAACGGAAACUCUCCACUUGUGACACACCAGGACUAGGGUGUGAUAAACGUCGGAGGGAACAGGAGUGUAAAUACAUCGAGGAGCUCGCUGAGCUGAUCUCGGCUAACCUCAGCGACAUCGAUAACUUCAACGUCAAACCGGACAAAUGCGCCAUCCUUAAAGAGACAGUACGCCAGAUACGUCAGAUUAAAGAGCAAGGAAAGGGUUCUUGUGGCGACGAUGAUGUCCAAAAAGCAGACGUGUCCUCUACGGGUCAGGGGGUCAUUGACAAGGACCAUCUGGGCCCUCUGCUGUUGCAGGCGUUGGACGGCUUCCUAUUUGUGGUGAACCGAGAGGGAAACAUCGUGUUUGUGUCCGACAAUGUGACUCAGUAUCUACAGUACAAGCAGGAGGAGCUAAUCAACACCAGUGUCUAUAACAUCCUGCAUCAGGACGACCGUGAGGAGCUGCAGAAAAACCUGCCCAAAGCCAGUGGAGCGAACGGUGUUUCGUGGACAGGAGAUACCUCUCGUCAGAAAAGCCACACCUUUAACUGUCGGAUGCUGGUGAAGUUCGGUCAUGGAGGCCCCGGAGCAGAUGAUGGAGCUGGAAGGUUACGUUAUGAAACCAUGCAAUGUUUCGCUCUUACCCAACCGAAAGCCAUGAUGGAGGAGGGUGAAGACCUGCAGUCGUGUAUGAUCUGUGUGGCGCGCAGAGUGACCACGGUGGAGUGCACGGAGAGGUUCAGCACCAGGCACGAGCUCUCAGGUAAGCUGAUUGAGAUCGAGCAUCAAAGCUCCUUACACACCUCCAUGCGUCCCGGCUGGGAGGAUCUGGUGCGCAGGUGUUUGCAGAUGUUCCUGCAUCACAGUGAAGGCCAGCCCUGGUCCUGUAAACGACACUACCAGGAGGCCUGCAUACGGGGUCGAGCAGAGACUCCGCUGUACCACUUUUCCCUUUCCGAUGGAACUCCAGUAACUGCACAGACACGCAGCGAGCUCUGCCGAAACCCAAAUACCAACGAUCCUCACGGCUACCUCUCCACUCACCUACUGCAGAGGGAGCAGAAUGGUUUCAGACCAAACCAGGGAGGUGUAAUGCGUUCCCAAGCAAUGGGUGGUGCCAACCAUAAUUCCCAAAUGAACAUGACUCCUGGUGGGCAGAUGGGCAUGGGCAAUACCAGAGGCUAUGGCAUGAAUGACUCAGGGCAUAUGGGACCCAGAGGAGGUCCCAUGUAUGGCCCUGGGAACAGAAUGAAUCAGAUGAACUCAAUGCACCAGAUGAAUCAAAUGAAUCAGAUGAACCAGAUGAAUGCGAUGAAUCAGAUGAACCAAAUGAAUCAGAUGAAUCCUGUUAAUCAGAUGAGUCAAAUGAAUUCAAUGAACCAGAUGAACCCCAUGAAUCAGAUGAAUCAGCUUAACCCUAUGAGUCAAAUGAACCAGAUGAAUCAGAUGGGGCAUCCCGGAAUGAAUCAGCACCCACAGCACUUCCAUGGUGGAGGGUAUGGGCUGGGCAUGACCAGUCCAUCCCAUGGUAGUCCAGGUAUGAACCCAUCUCAACAGGGCAUCAUGGGCUCUCCACGGAUACGAGGAAGCCCCAAGAUGGGAGCCAGCCCCUUCUCUCCAGGAGGUAUGCACUCUCCUAUGGGGCCUGUUGGAAUGGCUGGCAAUAGUGGCUCCUCUGGUGGCAGCACUUUCUCAAGCAGCUCCCUCACUGCCCUACAGGCCAUCAGUGAUGGAGUAGGUUCCGCCCUAUCCUCGACUCUCACCUCACCUUCUCAUAAAUCAGAGAGCUCCCCCAGCAUCAACUCCACUCAGCCUGGUCAACCAAACCUGUCUGGCGUCAGUAAAGGGCCUAAUACUGGCGAAACGAAGAGCCCCGCUAGUACCCCUAACACGGGGACGGAUCAGCGACAUACAAAUACGUCAGAAACCUCAACAGAUAAGCCGGAUAGUCAGUGCAACAAAGAUGGCCAGACUGGAGCUGAAAUGCAGCGCAAGGGUAUAGAAGGAAAGGGCCAUAAGAAGUUACUCCAGCUGCUUACAUCUCCAUCGGAAGAGCUUGCCUUGGGAGGAGGAACUGGUGCGCCCCCUCCUGGACGUGCUUCCACUCCCAUUGGUGCCGACUCAAAGGAGGCUGGAGGGAGUAUGACGAGCCCAUCUUCCACAGGUGUAUCUUCAUCAUCUGCUUCAUCAGGAGGCACAACAUCGCAGCAUGGAUCAGGAUGCGUAUCAUCUACAGGCUGUAUCAACCCUUCACUGCAGGAGAAACACAAGAUUCUCCACAAGCUCCUGCAAAAUGGCAACACGCCUGACGAGGUGGCGCGCAUCACUGCCGAGGCCACGGGGAAGGUCACCCUUGGUUCGGAUCACCAGGGUUCAGAUGGCAUGUUUGAGGUCAAGCAAGAACAGCACAGUCCAAAGAAGCCAAAUGCUCUGCUCCACUAUCUUCUGAACAAGGAUGACACCAAGGAGACUGGAAUUGAGGGGAAACCAGGACUGGAUGAGCUGGAGGGUCGUGGGGUUGGUGCAGUAGGAGUUGCAACUACGGACUCCAGCAGCCAGGAGAGCAAGGUCAAAAUGGAGCCACCUGAUGAGUUGCAAAGCCUGGAGAGUAUUCUAGGAGGAUUGAAACCUGGUUCCGGGAUGUACGCUGAUUCUGGAAGCACAGAUGGAGAAAAUAAGAAAGGGAAUGGACCCAACAACACUGCACAUGAUCGUGAGGGUGCAGGGAUGGGCCCAGGGCCUCGAGUGCCCUUCCAGAGAGCAAUGUCUGUGGACAGUAAACCUUUUAGUGGGGCAAGAGGGACAGGCAGGAGAAGUGCCCCCUCCUCUCUCAUUAAACAAGAGAGCUUGGACAGCCACAUAGGCAUGGGAGGUCUUAACAGGCAAAUGGGCAUGAACCAGAUGCCAUCUAUGAUGGGACCAGGUGAUUGGAGGAUGCCAGGUUCUGGGGGCAGUCCAGGGGGCUCUAACGGACACCCAGGUAUGGGUUGUCCAGGCAUGGAUCCAAAUCCCAAGGGAAUGAUGGGAGGUCCCAUGAUGAACCGUUCAAACAGUGUACCAACACCCAGAUCCAUGCUACACCAGCAGUUAAUGGAUAUGGGUCAAAAUGAGAUGGGGAUGAACACAUUCAGAGGGCAGCCACAUCCUCCUCAGUCUCCAUCAUGGCCUGAAUGUGGCAUGGGUAUAGAGGGACCUCCUAAUGCAAACAGCUUACCAUUUAUCAACCCCCUGGACAAUCUGCUUGCUUCUCCAUCCACCACUGAAGGGCAGAGUGACGAACGAGCUCUGCUUGACCAGCUCGACUCCCUCCUUAACAACACAGACAACGUCGGCCUGCAGGAGAUCGAUCGAGCGCUUGGGAUCCCAGACCUCGUUGGCCAGGGCCAAAGCACGGAGCAACCUGCAACUCCUACAGAUGCUUUCCCAGGCCCAUCUCCUGAUUCGUCCAUGAGUAUGGAUCCUAAGGUCAUGUAUGGACCAGGUUAUCCUGGUCCACCGUCAAUGGGCAUGCAGGGAGGCUAUGGGCCCGGACCUGGUCCCACUCCUGGUCCCACUCCUGGUCCCGGUCCUGGUACUGGCCCUGGCCCGGGUCCGGGACCCAUGCAGGGCCAUCCAGGACCUGGCUUUAACCCAAUGAUGCAGCAGAUGGGAGGAAUGGUGGGCAUGAACCCCCGCACUGCCAUGAUGCGUCCACGCAUGGUGAACGCUAAGCAGCCACUCAGACUGCAUCUUCAGCAGAGGCUUCAAGGACAGCAGUUUAUGAACCAGACCAGACAGGGCAUAGCAAUGAAAAUGGAGAAUGCACCAAUGGCAAACCCUGGAGUGAGGCCUGGAAUGCAGCCUGGCAUGCAACCUGGCAUGCAACCAGGCAUGGGAGGACAGCCUGGUUUUGUGAACUCUCAGAUGAUGGCUCAGCGAAAUCGAGAGUUGAUGCAGUUGAGAAGGCAUAGAAUGAUGAUGAUGAUGCAGCAGCAGCAGCAGCAGCAGGCUGCAGCUGGAGGCUUCAGCCCCCCUCCUAAUGUCACUGCUCCCACUGGCAUGGACAACCCCAUGGCAGGAACAGCUAUGAACCAGCCCGGCCAGCAGCCGUUUAACUACGGAGGAAACUAUGCUAUGGGCCAGCAGGGUGACCCCUCGUUCAUGGGCACUGGAAGCAGCCCUCCGAAUAUGAUGGCUGGACGUAUGGGGGGCCCACAGAAUCCCAUGAUGCAGCAGCACCCUCAGAGCGGGCCCAUGUACCAGUCAGCAGAAAUGAAGGGAUGGGGACCGGGUGGCAUGCCCAUAAACAAUUCAUACCCUCAGCAGCAACAGCAGCAGCAGCAGUUCUCCCAGCAGGGGGCACCAGCGCAGUAUGGGGGCAUGAUGAUGAACGGAGCCAUGCAGGGAGGAGUGAACGGGCCAGGACAGAUGAUGCCGAUGCAAGGGCAGAUGGGAAUGAACCCCAUGGGCAUGGGUCGCAUGCCAAUGGGUCCUGAUCAGAAAUACUGAAGCAGGACACCGUUUCAGCAAGAGAGUAAAGCCGAGCAGAGUCAUGAGAGCAGACACACAGCAUCGCCCAGCUCCAGCUGCAAAUGGACAAGCUGGACAACGAGGACAGAGGACUCGUCCACAUCACUGUGUUUUAAAUACACCCUUGAAGCAUUUGUGUGUGCCCCCAGAAUAGUAUUUGAGUGCAACGCUCUGUCGAUCUGCAGCCAAACACGUGCUCUUAUGUGAAGCUGUGUGUGUGUGUGUGUGUGUGUGUGUGUGUGAGUGAGAGAGAGAGAGAGAAAUGAUACUUCACCACCAGAGGGUGCUUUUCUCUUGCUGUGGAACUGCCCUGGUGCUGGGUGGGGAUGCACUUUAUCCCAAGGCUAAUAAGGAAAAGAAUAUCUGCAAUAUGUCUUGCUCGUUCUAAGCCUUAUUUAAAGACUCUAUAUGUUCAGAAAUGACUUUCUUGGUGACAAUACAUGUUUUAGCAGAACCUUGCUUUCAGGACAGACUGCUCCAGUUCCACACUAUAUGCAGCUACGAGCAAUAAUCCUCUUCUCUAUGCCAUAUAUGUUAAAAAUGGUGCACCAUUUAAAAGAACAGAGCAAAAGGUACUGCAGUAUUAACUGGGCUUUUUGUUUUAUAUGUGAAUAAGAACAGACUUGUACAUGCUGUACGCUCCAAAUGUAUCAUAUUGUGCCCUUAUUAUAAUACUGUACAUUUUUGCACAGAUUUGGCCCGUGUGAGGUCCAGCAUAUUAUAUUUUAGGUCAAUAUUGCUUUGGGUGUUAAUUCUAUUUUAACUUUCUCAAAGGGAAAAACAUUUUUAAAAAAGAUUUUUAUCUUUUUCUGAUCUAGCCUCGUUUUCUUUACAGUAUUGCAGUGAUGACAGCCAUUUGUUUUGGGAGGGCACUUUUUUCUUUUCUUUUUUUUUUCCCUGUGGAAAUGAAACAGAUAAAUCCUAUCUGAUCAAGCAGUUACAUUAAGAAGACAUCAUGGUUUUUGUUUGUGAUUUUAUCUGUGCGUUUUAUGGACACGGUUGUAAAUUUCAGUAAAAGACGGUUAUUUGCUCGGCCUUUCUCUGUGAGCUAGCUGUUACUAUCAUUGACGGUUUCACUUGUAAGCGCUGGGUCUUUAUAAAUCUACCUUUAAAAAUUGCACAAUCCAAAGAUAUAGAUGUUUCGUUGCUUUGCUGAAUUUUUUUUUUUUUUUUUUACCAUACCAGUAGUCUUUUUCUGUGUGAAAUAAACAGCGCAAGGUACAUAUCAUAUAAGCUUAUCAUUAUGAUUUUGUACUACAUGCUGUACCCAAUUCUUUUUUCUUUUCAAGGCCAGUUCAUAGAGCUCUUUUUUUUUUUUUUUUUUUUUUUUUUUACAAGAAAUAACAAAAAAACAAACAAAAAAAAACAAA